AUGUUCAAGAGCGAAAGCACUACUUCAUUGUCUAUUGAAGACGAUGAAAACAACCCAAGUUCUCUUCAAGCCGGAUUCAUCUAUCCUAUGCCGAAGAAAGAUGGAAUUGGAAUUGAAAAUUUUCUUAAAGCAAAGGUUGUUCUCAUCACUGGUUCAACUGGAUUCCUCGCAAAAGUCCUUGUUGAGAAAAUUCUGAGAUCGAUGCCAUAUGUGAGAAAGAUUUAUCUCUUGAUCAGAGGAGAAGAUAUGGAAGAUGCACGGCAAAGGGUGAAGAAUGAAGGAAACUACGAAGCAUUCAUGUGGAGUACAUUGGUUCCUGUGGUUGGAGAUGUUGGCCAUUCUACUCUUGGGAUACAAGAAGAUUUGGCUGUUAAAAUUUCCAAAGAUGUCCAAAUCAUUGUCAACAUCGCAGGUGACACAGCAUUUUAUCUAAGAUACGAUGUUGCUCUUCAAGUAAAUGCAAUGAGACCUUGCAAUCUAUUGAACUUUGCCAGCAUGUGCAAAAAUAUCGAGCUUUUCGUGCAUACAUCAACAAUCUCGGUUAAAAGAUAUACAAGAGAAGGAAGAUUCGUGGAGGAAAAGCAAUGUUUAAGUCCGAGAGAUAGCAUGGGAAGACAAGUUCGUGUUAUGUCUGAAACAACCGUGUUGGAGAAUGAGAUGAAGGAAAAAGAAUAUGGGUGGUACAAUACCUAUGUGUUUACAAAGGCUCUGGGAGAGAUGUUGAUUGACAGUAUGAGAAGCAAAAUAUCAGUGCCCAUAGUAAUAGUAAGACCCAGUGGAGUCUUAAGCACUUACAAGGAGCCUUAUCCUGUUUGGAUUGAAGAACACUCUGACUGA